AGACACUUGCGUAACAUACCGAGACAUGUAGUAUUGCGCUACACACACAUUGCAUCAUGUAAUAAUGAUAUUAAAACACAUUUGGAAACCCAUAACCGGGGUUUAAUUAUAAGGUAUAGCAGUUUUUAGUGGUAAAUGUGUUUAAUAUUGAGACAUUCUGCAAUUUUAGGGGACAUUUGAAAAACAAACAGCACCGCUGAUUGGAUGAAUCCCAAUUUCUACAAUGCUCAAAGGCCUUAAAAGCAUCUUCAGCACCAUCAAUACACAAAUCUUAGGGAGCUUCGCUUCAGCUUUUUACAAGAGAUUUUGAGAUAUACUUGCAUCAUGAAGAUAACAGUGCUGUUAUUAAGCAACUUAUUGUUGAUAACUGCGGCACCAGUGGAUCAACACCAUGAGAUAGAAGCCAGAUCUGCCAGUGAAGAGGACGGACAGGGGGCAUUGCAAGCCUUGCUAACUGAGAUGAGAGACACUCUAGCGAACGUCAACAAACCUCCAAUCACUAACCCGACCACAAAACCAACAGGUCUGCAAGAGCUUCCUCCGCAGGUCCAGACUUCAUACGUGCUCAAUCCUCUACCGUUCAACCCAAGCCCUCCUGCAGACCCCAAACCAGCCCCGCAGGCCCCCGUCCCACAGAUUAACCUCUUUAUCUCUGGUGCUCCCCAGCAGGACAGACCGGCGGCUGCAGAAACUCCCAAACCAGCGCCUCUGCAGCAGUUAAUGCUUGCUAAUGCAGAGCCAGUCCCCGCCAUCCAAAACCCAGCUCAGGUCAUGACUCUUCCAGCCCAAUAUGGCCCCGUCCUGCCCCAGAAUGCAAUGGUUAUGCCAGCUAAUAAUCUUCCUCAGGCAUAUCCAAAUAUAGGGCGUCCUCUUCAGAGUUCUGCAUUACUCGGUCCUCAUGUCAGCCCAUAUUUUCAGCCUUUCAACUUUCAGCACUUAAAUCCUCUCCUGGGUUCUCAAGGUUUUGGUUCGUACCCUUUUUAUCCUCCACCGACGUAUUAUCAUCAUCAUCAUCACAAUCCCUACUUCCCAAACUACGGCAUGCCUAAUGUGGCCAUUACACCUCCUAUUAUAUUUCGGGAGCGUGGGCAGCCUGCUACCACACAGGGGUAGUUUUUUAAACCCCGAUUCAAAAUAUUAAAGGUGCUUUAUUAGCGUUGAUGCUUCAGUAUAGAUUAGGCAAGGGCUGGAAUAAGAUUCUGACGGUAUGAUAACCUUGAAUUAAAAUAUCACUGUUUCACGAUUUUGUGAUUACUGCCCUAAAAUAGAUUCUUUUUAAGUGUCUGGAUAAAAAACAACUACUUUUUUUCUCCUUUGAACACAUUAUAUUUUAUUUUUUAGAGACAUUUAUAAUAUUUUGGAGCAGUAAACAUGCCAGGCUAAUUAAUUAAGAUGAAUCAUUGACUUCUGCUGUCAUCAUUAGUUUCAAAAACACUGAUUUCUUUACAGUUUAAUUUGGAUAUCUUUUCUGCUGCAAAUACUGUUGUCCUAAAAAAUUUAUUAAAAAAUCUUACACGUACGUUGCGAACAGUAUAGGAGAAAAUUUUGGCAGUUUUAAAACCUUGACUUUUCCAAACCGCGGUAUACCUUAAAAACGGUUAUCGUGGGGAGUAUGGUCUGGUCCAAAAACAAAUAAAUAAAAGAUUCUUUAUUUAAAAAAUAUAUAUUUAGUAUUAUUUAUUAUAUCCAUAUUAUAUUUGUUU